AUGAUGUCAUCUUUUGCGACCAAUUUUACCUUUUGUGUUUAUAUAGAUCUUCCUUCGUUUGUUACACGGCGAUUAGCUAUAAAACAUCUUUAGCCGCCUUUGGAUAUGGACUGGAACACAUCUUAGAUUUUAUUCUCCCUUAAAGACGUUCAAAAUGAAUAACAAAGGCUGGCUGGAGCUAGAGAGUGAUCCAGGAUUGUUUACAUUGUUGGUAGAAGAUUUUGGUGUCAAAGGCGUCCAAGUUGAGGAGAUCUAUGAUCUACAAAGCAGAUGUCAGAGUCCUGUUUAUGGCUUCAUCUUCCUGUUUAAGUGGAUUGAAGAGCGUCGAUCCAGGAGAAAAGUCAACACCUUGGUGGAUGAAACCUCGGUCAUUGAUGAGGAAAUUGUAAAUGAUAUGUUCUUUGCUCACCAGCUGAUACCAAACUCAUGUGCUACUCAUGCUUUGCUGAGCGUCCUUCUGAACUGCAGCGGAGUCGAGCUUGGUACCACCCUCAGUCGCAUUAAAGCCUUUACUAAAGGCUUCAGUCCUGAAAGCAAAGGCUAUGCUAUAGGUAAUGCCCCGGAGCUGGCCAGGGCUCAUAACAGCCAUGCCAGACCGGAGCCCAGACACCUGCCUGAGAAACAGAAUGGGAUCAGUGCAGUGCGGACGAUGGAAGCCUUCCACUUUGUCAGCUAUGUGCCAAUCAAAGACCGACUCUUUGAGCUCGAUGGGCUCAAGGCUUACCCCAUUGAUCAUGGGCCCUGGGGAGAGGAUGAGGAAUGGACUGACAAGGCUCGCCGUGUUAUUAUGGAGAGGAUCGGCCUGGCCACUGCUGGUGAGCCGUACCAUGAUAUCCGCUUCAACCUGAUGGCAGUUGUGCCUGACCGCAGAAUGAAGUAUGAGUCCAAGCUGGAAAUUCUAAAGAGGAACCGACAGACCAUUCUGGAGGGUCUGCAGAAGAUGAUCCGUCUCACUCAGCCAGAUGCUGUCCAGGAUAAGAAGCAACAAAACUCCUCCUCUCCAGAUGAAAGCACCAUCAAAAAAGAAGCAGAUGCAGAUUCAGUGGAGGAUUCAGGAGCUCAGUCCAAGGAUGGAGCUGGAAGUUCAAAGGUCAUGGGAAAACCACCAGCCACCGCAGGAGGAGGUGCUCAGCAAGUCAACCCCAUCGUUCAGCGCCUGCCCGCCUUCCUCGACAAUCAUAACUACGCCAAGUCCCCGAUGCAGGAGGAAGAAGAUCUUGCAGCUAAAGUUGGACGCCCUCGGGCAACUGGCCCCCCCCAGUCGCAGUUCUCAGACGAUGAAGACGAAUUUGAUGAGGAUGAAGAAGAAGCAGCAGGUUCUGCAAGUGCUUCCAGCAGGUUUAGACGAAAGGCAAGCCUGCGGUCCAGAGCAGGGCGUGUUGGAACUGGGAUGGAGAGCCAGAUUGCCCUCAAUGUUUUGGCUGAGAAGCUGAAGAAGGAAGCUCAAAGAAAAGAUGGCGUAAAUACCCCGCUGUCUGUGCGCACUGAAGGUCGCACCGGGGGUAUAUGCAUCACGUCCGCCUCGCAGCCUUCCCCCACACCCAGCAAUGAAAGCACAGACACAGCCUCUGAAAUUGGCAGUGCUUUCAACUCCCCACUGCGUUCCCCGGCUCGCUCCCAGGCGGCCACGCGUCCGUCCAGCCCAGUCGCUUCCCAUCUGUCCCGUGUGCUGUUCGGAGAGGAGGAAAUGUUGAGGUUGGACUCGAGGCAUAACCGGGCUGUAAGAGAACUUGGUCCAUCAGUCAGCGCAUCUCUGCUACACCUACAGGAAGAUGGAGUCAUUUAUGCUCUUCCUCCAUCUGGAGACUCUGCUGAAGGCACGAAGCCCUGCACCCCUGAGAAGGUAAAACUCAAAGUAAAAGAAGAUGAAAAAGAUGGUAUAAAAGAGGGAGAUGAGGGACCAUCUGUAGCUGUGAAGAAAGAAGAUGAGAAUGAAGAGGGAGUGGAGGUGAAACCUGGAAAGGAAAAGCUCAACGUUACAGCAUCUGGAGCAGACAGCAAGCCUCCAGGGGAUAAGUACUCUCCAAAAGAGCUGCUCGCACUACUCAAGUGUGUAGAGGCUGACAUUUCCAAUUAUGAGGUGUUUUUAAAGGAGGAAGUAGAAAAGAGAAAGAAAUUCAAGAUAGAUGAUCAGAGAAGGACUCAUAAUUACGACGAGUUUAUCUGCACAUUUAUAUCAAUGCUGGCCCAAGAAGGUAUGUUGGCCAGCCUAGUGGAGCAGAACAUUUCUGUGCGCCGCCGACAGGGAGUGAGCAUCGGACGGCUGCACAAGCAGAGGAAGCCCGAUCGAAGGAAACGCUCCCGACCUUACAAAGCCAAACGCCAGUAAUCACAAACGCUCACUAUUAGAAUGAAUGAGCACCAAGCAAUCACUGCAAGGUGAAAAGGCUGUUGCUGCACACCUUAAAAUCAUUCCUUUUAUCAGUGUUGUGCUAUAUUUUUUUACCAUUUGGAGUAUACCAUCUUUUGGCCCGUACACACAUACAGUAAAUAUUUUUCUGAGUUUUGCUUAUUUUUUACUUAGCAGCUGAUCUUUUCUACCUUUUUUUAUUUUGUCAUUGUUUAUUUCAUGGAAUAUUUGCUCAUGUAGGACAACUGUAUCAGAAUUAUUAGCUAAACGUCAAUAUUUCCUCGUGCCAAUGAAGUAUUAAAGGUUGUUUUUUGCUCAUUAUACUUUUUAUUUCAUCUUCCAGUGAAUCUCAGCAUCAAAACAUUCAGUGAAGAAACAGACUCUGUAACAUACUGUUGUCUUUUUUCAUGUUAUUUAAAACUGACAAUAUGACUGUAAGGGUUUUAAAUGCCUUUUUCUAUCUAAAGUCUUUACCUUAUUGUUUGUGUGUUUCUGGAGGUUCUGCAAAUAUAAAAAACAGGAUCUUAGAUUGAGUUAAGUUGAAUGUGUGCUGCUGCAUAUUUUUUUGUAUAUAUUUACAUGUUGAAUGCCCUGAAUAUCAAAAGUAGUUAUGUGCUUGCCACUUUAUUGCUAAAUAAAG